GGAGCGUGACGGUAUUGAUGAGGAGGUGAAGAGACAGAAGGCCGAGGACGGCGACCUCCCAAACCAGGUGGAUAUGAAGGAGCUCGGCUACCUCCUCCCUACGCCACCCGGCGCCUCCUCAGAAGGCGGCUUCCGACGUGCAGGUGCGGAUUACGAGCGGAACAAUUUGACAGCAGUUUGGCUACGCGAGGUCACGGGCAAGGUCUACGAUGAUUCGAUCAAGCCCAUGAUCAUCGAGCAGAACACGGCUCUGUCGCUGAGCGUGGAUGUGAAGUUAGUCAACCACGCAGAGGAUGAGCAAGACAGGAAGGCCUUGGCGCGCCUCUUCACCCUCUCGGAAGAGCAGCAGGUGAAGGUGGACGAGGACAUAGAAAUGCUCGGAGAAUGGUGUACCAAGCACGAGCCAAAGCUUCUGGAUGUGAUGCCACCUCCCAAGGAGAUCGGCGCUCUUCCGGAGGUGGAAGGACCAUCAGACCGUCAAAAGCAGCUCCUGGAAUACCUACCGCUACUGGACCUUUCGCAACUGAAAGGUCCGUCAGCACAGUCACUGGGAGCCACCCUGUCUGCCAUGCAGCAGACAAAGACGGAUGCACACCUGCUCUUCAAGGCAGAAGACCUACCUCGACCACUGACGCAGCCCGAUAUGGCGGAGGUCGAUAUCGUGCCGUAUCCCCUGACGGAGCAGGACAUUCCGGGCUACCAGGAGAUGCAGGCGGCGAUUCCGACGCGACAGCCAGUCAGUGCCCUACGCGAUCCCUUCCAGCGGCCUUUCCUGUACCUGCCGGAGUUUCACGAAACGUUGAUGCCGGUCUUCGAGAGCUCUUCCAACUAUGGGCAGUGCAGGAUCGCCGAUGCCGUGCCAGCUGAAGAGAUGUGGCUCAGUACCACGAUGAGCAUCUUCCAGGAUAACAAUGACCCAGAGAAGGUCCGCGGCUGGGGUUACGUGCCGCCUCGAAAGCGAGUGAUGCCGGUGUUGAUCGAUGAGCCGUAUCUUCCGCCCUACGACAUGGUUGGCUGUGCGGAAGGUGUCGGCAAGAAGAUCAUGCUGCGAGGCAUUUGGGAUGCUGAGCUCUUCAACCGAGACGGGAAGAUGGUGCCGCCACUGAAAGAACGCGGCCGAGGCCUCUACAUUCCGAUUCCUGUCGAGCAUCCAGAUUUACCCGUCUGGUCGCCCACGCUGUCGCCGCAAAAGUCCCGCGAGGAGAAGGUGACAUCACUGAUCCCGACCAUCCCGGUGAGGUCCUACACACGCUUCCGGCCAAAGAAGGUGCUCGCUGACAUGCCCGGAUUUCUCUGGGACCUCGUACGCGAGGAUGCCGCCGGCCAGGGCCUCUGGGAUGUCAUCCGACAGCGCCACGACAUCCCAAGAGAAGAGGCGGAGAUGAGGCAAGCGGAGCUGGCGCGCCUCCAGGAGGAGAUCGACGAAGAAGAGUCGCAGAUCACAGCCACGGAGGAGGCUGAGAAGGCGCAGAUCCGCGCUUUUGAAGGCAGUCAAGACAUGCCAGCCGGUUCUCCUUCAGCCAGCCGACCAGGGACUCAACAAUCUCGCUCUCGGUCGCGGCCGGGAACGCGACAAGAGGCUUCUCGUCCGGGGACGACGCAAUCAGGCGUACGGCAGGAGGGAUCACGCCCCGGCACUGGCCAAGCCACACUGCAGCCGCCGGGCACGGGCACGGCUCCGAGCUCACCCACCCCUGCGGGUCCUACAAGGCCUCCGCUAGCAGAGCCGAGCGCCCACCUUCCCAGGAUGGAGAUCCCGGCGCCCUCUACGCCGCUCCCAAGCAACGUGCUGCCCGGGGCUACCAUGGCGCCCGCUGCGGGAGGCAUCAGCGCGAGGUCUGGGGUCUCCGGGUCUCCCAUCCAUCUCGAGGAGCGAUCCACGCAGCUAGUUCCCUUGGGCGAGACGCGAAAAGUCGAGGAGUUGCUGGCCGAUGACAGGUUCCUGGACUCUUUGGCCGGGAAGUUGGCGAACCGCCUGGGUGGCAUGGGCCUGCAG